GGCAAGAUGGGCGAGAGGAUUGAUCGAUAGAGAGGAGGACAAUCAUGAUGACGGACGGGGAGGGAAUGACAAAGGUGAUGGGGUCGAGGAAGGUAACUGCGGCGAAAGCAUCAACAAGAACUACAACAGUAACGACAACAACAACAGGCAGGGGAGGACGCGAGAUGGGCGAGAAGGACGACAGAUUGGACGAUGGAGCGGAGGACAAUCACGAUGAUGGACGGGGAGGGAAUGGAAGUGGUGAUGGGGCCGAGGAAGGUAACUGUGGCGAGAGCAUCAACAACAACUACAACUGCAAUGACAACAACAGCAAUGACUGCAACAACAACAAGAACAGAAACAUCAGCAGCGGAGAAGACAAUUGGGGGAACAAAAUCUACAAGAAUGAAAGCAAACACGACAACGAAUUCUGCAACAACGAUAUCAACGAUGGCGCGGACAGGGAUAUUAGCAACAAAAACGGGAGCAACAACAACAACAGCAACAACAACAACAACAACAACAACAAUGAUAACUUCAACGACGAUCGCGGCAACGGCAAGACCAGCAGCGAUGUUCGUGCAUCCACUUUCAUCAUCUACAUGGGGGGAGAGGAGCCGGGAUCUGUUGAGGUAGGUAGCGAGGGGAUUGGGGUUGGGAUGGAGGUAGGAUAGUCGAUAGUCGAUGCCCCCAUAGUCGACUGGAGUUGGCUGGUCCGCAAUUUCAAUCAAGAAGGGGGUGGGUUGCCCCACAGGAUGGAGGUGGAUAGGUCAGGGUUUCGUUUGUCUGAUCUGUUUGUUCCGUGUUUUGAUGAUUGCUUGCUGUUGUUUGAUGAGGAAGAUUUUCAUCACAGAUAGGCAGGAGGCCAAUCCUUUCCUUUCGCGGCGAGGUAAUCAAUGCCUCAACUAUUA